UUUACUCCAUGUGUAACUCUGUGUUGUUGUAUGUGUCGAACUGCUUUGCUUUAUCUUGGCCAGGUCGCAGUUGUAAAUGAGAACUUGUUCUCAACUUGCCUACUUGGUUAACUAAAGGUGAAAUAAAAAAAUAAAAAAUAUCAACUGAGCUACGAAGAAGCACGUCGACGUCACUAGAAUAAUGACAAGCAAUUUUAACGGAUUCUAAAGGGAAUCAUAGAAUUCCAAACUCAUUUCUAUGGAAACACAGUUGUCAAUUUUGUAAACAAUCAUUUUCGAACGUGUGUUGCCAAGAGACAUCAAACCGACGUUCUAUGGAACGUUUUCUGUGCGAAAACAACUUCAGUUUGCUGCUGACAACAAACUUGUUUGAUUUUUGACACCUGAGAUAGAACAAUCGACUGGAAAAUGCCUGGGUGCUUUUCAAGACUGGCGGAGAGAGUGCGUGGACGUCGGCGGCCUAAUGCGUCGACAGGUUGUUCAAAUUAAUUUGUGGCUUGUUUUUCUUGUCUUUUUCUGUUUUGCAGGGUUCGUGAUUGUCGACAGGUGGACAGCGACUUCGAAGAGGAAACAACUGUACUGGAUGAGGUCCAGUUGGAUGUGCCAUUGGAUGAUGUGCCAGAUGUUCCACAGCUGCCAGUCCUCCUUGAUGUCCAGAAUGCUGCUAUCAUCCUUGAGGAUGUGCCAGAUGUGCAGACUAUCCUUGAGAAGGCCACUGGCAAUUGGCAGUUGAUUCCGAUUAGGUUCAGCCCCCUGUACUGUGGGCCUGUUGUGAUCAGGAACAAUGCCGGUCCGGUUGUUAAAGCUUGGAGAACUUUCCAGUUCAUCAGCCCCAUCAUCACCUACAUGCGUGGGGGAUCCCAGCAGGUGGUGGUGAGGAUGCACCACGUUAGUAGGGUGAGAGGCCUGGAGACUCAACUGGUGUGGGCCAUCUCCAAGGAGACAGCCAGGCUUAGUCCAAAGGGCAUCCCCUACUGUGCCACCAAAGUGCAGUCCAUCACUUGGAUCCAGCGUGUGGCUGGCAGGGUGACCCACUAUGUGUCUCACCUCCGCCACGAGACGUCUGUGGACGUGACGCUUGGCUGCUACCAGCAGACUGAUGUCUCAGUGGUGUACGCCACUCUCCACAUGGGGCUGGACGGGCUUCUCUCCUCUUCAGCGUGGUCGGAGGCUGCCUCCUUCUCUACGCCCACCACUCAGCAGUUCACUGACCCAGAGCCUGAGGGCCACAACUGCUAUAAGGGCUGGGAGGAGGACCUGCUGCCUGAGGAGAGGGAGGUUCCUCUGCUAAACCUCUACCUUACCACCAAGAGAGUGGAGGACAUCGCCCUGAGGCUCGUCUCCCUGCGCCAGGCCUUCACUACCCUGCUUGGUUCCACCCUGAGCAGGAACCAUCUGUUUGUGGCGGGAAAGGUCCUCCUGGGCGCACUGGUUCAGGCCAACCACAUGGACGGGGCCAAGUUCAUCCGUACUUAUAACGACUUUGUGGACUACCUGAGUGACCCCUCCAAGCGGAAUGACAUUGAGAGGGAGCUGGCUGAGGCAAAGAUCCAUCAUGUGAACAUGAUAGAUGUCGUCUUUGAGCUGGUGCUGUUUGGGAUGAUGACAGCUCAGAAGUCCCUGAGGGUGCACCCCGGUGGGUUUGUGGAGCGUCUGUACGCUCUCCUGUACUCCUUCCUGCCCACUGCUGCCAACAUGGAGCCAGAGGCUGACAGAUACCUGCUGCUGCUCAAUGGCGGGCUGAUGGCUCUGCUAGAUGACAUGUUUGGCCAGCAGCUGGCCUGGUACUUUAACCCAGAGUCUCUGGUCACGGAGCUCUCCAGCCUCCUGGAGUACCACUUGGAGAACCUCAUGGCCAGCAUGUAGUCCUACUGCAGGGACCAUACUCCUUUCUCCUUCUCUCUCUCUUUUGAAGGAAUUAAGGACUUGAAGUGCUUUGUUGAUCCCUGAUUAGUUAACACCCAUUAAUUUAAUGUAUUCUCUUGUUUUCUCUCCCCACAGGAUUCUUGUGACACUUUGCCACCCAAGAGGGAUCCAGACACCAAUGCACUACAUUACUUUGCACUGAAUUUGACAUUUUUAAAUAAAAUAAGUUGUAGUUCAAAAACA